GCCAGAACUAGUAGCUACCCUCCGAAGACUACAUGGUAGUCUUCUGUGUGACAUGGACGGCGGAAGCCAAUGAUCCCGAUGUGUGAACACCUUCGCCGUUGAUGUUCUCAAGGGCUCAGGCAGCCCUGACGGCGGGUCAGUGAUGUCACGUGCUCCUUAGGCGGCGACGAGUUCCACGCCACGUCCCAGGCGGAGAUGUCGCGCAAGGAUCGUUCACGAUCCCCCAGCUCGGCGGAUUCCCUUCAGAUCUCCAAAACGAUCGCCGGUUUUGGCCGCUAUCCCCAGAAACGGCCACGGGGUCUCCCUGUAGACACCUUGGGCUGUAUGAAGUUGGAUGACAUCAUGCGAUGUUGGGGGUUUGCGCAAGGCUUGGAGGAGAAAGACAUCAUGCAUGCAGUACGGCAGCAUAUGUUCAGGGAGACGGCGGGUGGCGGCUCCUUGCGCUUUGCUAUGGAUGGUGACGCGGAUGGUGGAAUCGUCAUCCGAGUCAUGCCCACAGACAGAGACGUCGACAGAGGGGGUCGGCCUCACCGUUCCCGCGGCUUGCGCGACAUGCCCUACGAAGGGGUGCUGGGCCGUGCGUUUGGCAUGCGGCCACCAGAACAGCGAGUCCCCAAGAUGAUUGGCAGCGUGCUCCGGACACCCUUGCCGAAGCCCAUGCCCACGUCGCCCAACGUCAACGGCGCUCUUUCGCGGGCGAAGCAGAAGGGCAACAAGCUGGACAUGUCGCUGGACGAUGUGAUCCGCUCAGAAGAGGUCAUUGACCUGGAGGCAGAUGACCGAGUGAAUCCUUUUAGCCGGAAGCGCGAGCAGGUCUUGAACAAGGUGCGGCAGAUGGGUUUGCAUCCUGACACCAUGCACUUGCGCCGCGCACCGCAAGACACGGAUUUCUUUCCAAAGGGAGGCCGGCGUGGUGAAGGCCGUAACCAUCGUCGACGCUGGAGUCCACAGGAGAAGGUGCAACGUUGGGUGAGCUGGGUGGUUCAAGCUGGAUACCAGGAACUGGGCAUCAUGCUGGCCGAAGGGGGCUGGGUGGACAUUGCCGCCCUAGCGGCAGCCAUUCCCAAGAGUAGGCCCGACUUCGGGGACUUCGACGCGGAGAAGCUCAAGGUCUUCAUCCAGGACAGCGACGUGGAUGGGCGCUUUGAGAUCAAUCCGGCCAAUCAGCUUCGGAAAGUGCCGAAGGACCGGCGGAAGGCGAAGGAUCAACGCUCGCCCUUCGAGCGGAAAGUGGAGCUUCAGGCGCCCAGGGAUCCCUUGGGGAUGAUCGAAGUGGAGUCCUCCGCCUCCUCGGGCCGCAGAAGGCAUGCCAGAUCACCAUCGUUGACUUCCAAUUCCGAUGGGAUGGGCUCGGACAACGAUCCCGAGGAUGCGGCCCUCGCUGAACAGUGCCAGAACCUUCGAGUCUCUGGCGAUGUGGAAGAGGUGAAGAAGAAAGAAGACCUGAUUAAGUCGGAGGCCAUGAGGUGGCCUACAAUGGUGCAAGCGCCGCAGCCGUCGCCGCCACCGGGGGAGCAUUGGACGAGAUACCAGGACGAAGAUGGAGGUGAGUAUUGGUACCAUUAUGAGGGCCCAUUGGGCCAGUGGUGGUGCGGUUCAGAUCAUCAGACGAUUAUGCCCUAUGUGGCAUGAGUCGCGCGAGUGGCGUGAGCGACACUCCUGGCCGGCUGCGGAACUCGUGACUGAACAUGGGCUGCACUAAGAGAAC